UUCAAUAUCAAACUUCUCUUCACCAUGGAUCCUUCCAAUCCUUCCCACAUAGCAAAAAUGUUCAUGGAAUUUAUGAAUGAUGAUACUGAUGAACAAAUUGUGAGGCUUUUGUAUGAAUAUCAAGCGCAAGAAGAAGUUACAAGGUGAUAAGAGAAAAUUGUUUGCCCAACACCAAGAAGGCGCAAGAAAGGAUAUUGAACGAGCAUUUGGAGUUCUCCAGUCCCGAUUUGCAAUCAUACGUAACCCGGCUCGAUCUUGGCACUUGGAUGCACUUAAGCGUAUAAUGGAUACAUGCAUCAUACUACACAACAUGAUUGUUGAAGAUGAACGCGCCACAUACGGUGGCAAUUUUGAUUAUUCUUAUGAUCAACUACAAGGCAAUGACUCGAGUGCACCACCGAAUAAUUCUAAUAUUGAUUUUCAAGAGUUCAUGCGUAGAAGAUUUGAUGUUCGUGAUAAGCAAAUUCAUCGACAACUUCAACAAGACUUGAUAGAACAUAUAUGGGAACGUUUUGGGCACGACAACAACAAUUGAAAAACAUUUUAAAUCUAUC